CAAACAAACAGGAGUCCAUCUUGACCGGAAUCGGAGCACAUUAUUGAUGACGUCAUAGCUCAACUUCUCGAUGUUUAUUUUCAUGUUUUCAUUAAAAGUUUUCAUUUAUUUAUGUGGAAAAGGUCUCUUUUUCUACUUUUUUAGUAUAAAUAACGAAAUACCGAAUUAUAUAAAUUUUGAUGAGGACUUUUCUGAAGUAAAAUUGAAUUUCUCAUCGAAUGGUGUGAACAAUUUUUGUUUUCGUGUAGAAAUAAAAGACUUUAUGAAGGUAUUUUCAUUCACGGAUUAUGAGCACAUGAGUGUUUCAAAAUGUUCAGAAUUUUAUUCUGUUCGAAAUGUUUUUUUUUUUACCCAAAGGCUCACUCAGCGUUUAUUGUUCAAAAUUCAUUAAAGCUCCAAGUUGUGAAAACCAGAGAUGCGGAGUAAAAAUCGAACGUUGAGCUUUAAUGAAUUCAUUGAAUUCUGAAAGAUAAACACUAAACAGUAGCAGCUUUGGAUAAAAAACUAUUUUGAACUGGAUAAAAAUAAAAUUCUGAACAUUUUUGAUUUUGGUAUUUUAAAACACUAGUGUUUUCAUUGAAAAUUUCGAGAAAUUUCAAUUCAAUAUAUCUACUUACAUAAUAAUUUAUCCAUGAAUGAAAAUACUAUAUUAUAAUAUAAAGUCGUUGUUUCUGUAAUUCUGCUGGAAAGCAAACCAUUCGACGAAAAAUGUCAUUUUAAUUAAGAAAAGUCAUCAUCGAAAUUUACGCAAAUUCACUUUAUUCCUACCAAUAAUGAUUAAUAAAGUCGAAAAACUGAAUUUCUCCCAUACAAUUACCUGUGAAAACUCGGAAAAUGAUAAAUAAACAUCGAGAAGUUGAGCUAUGACGUCAUCAAUAAGGUGCUCCGAUUCCGGUCAGGAUGGACUCCUCAAACAAACGAACCCUCUUGUCAAUUUUUCUUCGAAUUUCUAAAUAAUAAUAAUAUCAUAUGGAAUUCCAAGAGUUCCGAGCGUCGACUUCGAGCUAAUAAUGAAUGUUCUUCUGAAUUCUAAUUGUACCAAUUCAUAAUGGAUUUCGUUUGCAACGUUUGUAAUACACCUUUUUCCAGGAAACAUGACUUAUUAAAGCAUACUGAACGAAAUAAAUGUUCAACCAAGAAAAGGAACUGUGGAGAUUUCGUUUGUGAGCAUUGUGGUUCUAGGUUUGUAAGAAAAUCUGACGUUACUCGGCACAUUAAGAAAAAUGUAUGUUUUUCUAAAAAGCAAUCCAUCAAAGUCAGAAAAAGAAAAACCGAUAUAAACACCACAAUUUUACAGUUUGAAAGCAAUGCAGACUUUCUAGCGUGGAAAGAUUGCGAGGAACAGAGAACGCUCUCGAAAUAUUCCCAAUCGUGUGGAACAUGGACAACAAAAACUGGUAAAAAAUGUCGGUACCGUUGUCACCGUUCUGGAUUUGUACGUACGCGUUUAAAAGAGCCUUUCCGAAAAAGAAGUUAUAAAUUAAAAGGAUCUUGCAAAAUCAAUGGCUCUUGUACCGCGUAUAUGCUAUAUGAAGAAAGUCUUGAUGGAAAAGUCGUAGUGAAGUAUAAUCCAGUUCAUAGCAAUCAUGAUCUUGAAAUAAAACAUGUUCCUAUCUCCAACAUUGUUAAAGAAAACAUCGCUGAGAAGAUCAAAUCAGGUGCUACAUUAGAUGAAGUAUUGGCUGAUAUUCGAGACACGACAGAGGACACUGGUUUUACUAGAACGCAGCUUAUCACAAAACACGAACUGCAUAACAUCAUUAGAGAAAAAAAGAUUGCGUAUCGUAGCGAAAACCCUGAAAAAUCUGUCGAUGCAGAGAGUGUCGAAUCAAUAAUUGAAGAUUAUCACGCAAAGUUUGGAAAAGAAUCACCGUUUAAAUAUUAUAAAGAACAAGGCGAAAUAAAAGAUCAGCUCGAAGAAGAUGAUUUCUUAUUGGUCAUUAUGAAUGCAGUGCAGAUCGAUUUGAUGAAACAAUUCGGCCGUGAUAAAAUAUGCGUAGCCAGCAUUCAGGCAUCGAACGACUACGAUUUUCAUUUAAACUCUGUUUUGGUGGUCAAUGAACUAAAUGUAGCUGUUCCUGUAGCCCAUGCCAUUUCCAAUAAAGAGAGCUUUCAGAUUAUGAAUAAAUUUUUCGAAAUUAUCAUGCAAGAGUGUGGUGUUAUCUGCACUAAUACGUUCAUAUCUGACGACUUUGCCUCUUAUAUAAACGCAUGGAUGAUGGUGAUGGAAGAACCUAAAAAUAUUUUAUUAAGUCAUUGGCACGUAGACAAAACCUGGAGGAAAAGUUUAAACCUCGUAAACGGUUCGAAAGAUUUGAAAGAUGAAGUUUACAGAGUGGUUCGAAGUCUGAUGGAUGAGAAAAACGAAGCUUUAUUUCCAAAUAUAGUGACAUCAGUAAUCGAUAACUUUUUUUCUGAUCCAAAUACAAUCGAGUUUGGAAAAUUUUUCGAAAUGGAAUACAGCAAUCGCUACGAAAUGUGGUCAUUUGCCUUCCGCAAGGAUAUUGGAAUGAACACGAUGAUGGAAAUUGAAGCUAUGCACAAAGAGCUGAAAUUCAUAUACUGUCGUGCGUUGAAAAACAAAAGGCUAGAUAUGCUGGUCUCUAAAUUACUCAGAAUGAGUCGCAGUAAAGCUACACAACGAGUGAGUCAAUUGCUCAUGGAGUCAGACUCUCGUGCAUUGAAAAAAAUCAGAGACCAGCACCAAAACGGUCAAAGAAUUAUUCCAGAAGAUGUUUCGAUUACCGACUGCGGUAUUGGACAUGUAAGAUCUCAAAGCAAUCGGUCAUCUUAUUACGUAGUUAAAAGAAUUGCAGACGAAUGUGAUUGCAGAUUUCGUUGUAUCGACUGUGGAGAAAUUUGCGCUCAUAUGUACGAAUGUACCUGUGAUGAUUAUGUACGAGGAUAUUUUAUUUGUAAACAUAUUCACGCGUUCGUUCUUAGGAUACCAGUUGUAGAAGUACCAUUAGAAUUUAUCGAUGAUGGAAAGGAAAACGAUGCGGAAGCUGGAAACUUGAUAGAAGUAAUAGAUAUGCAAUCCCUGCCCGAAAUUCGUGUACCAAGUGUUAGAGAGUCUGUGAAGGAAGUACUCAGACAAAUUUUAGAAAAUAUUGAACGUUGUAAACACAUCGAAGAGGACGAAGAUGACAUAAAAGCGUUGAAUACAUUGAAGCAAAUUAAUAAAAUGUAUGAAAUGAAAUCGAAGCGGAAUCGAAUUUCUACGUGAAAUAAUUUUACUUAUUUAUUUUAGCGCCAAUGUGUGAUUUUUUGUGUUCUCAAUUUUUUAAACGUUUCAAUGUCUAAUGGUAAAGAGUUUUUGUUCAAUUAUUUUUUAAAUAAACUUUAUAAUUCGUUA